AUGGCUAGUUUGGCUGUUCGUGGAGUGAUCAACUCUCUCAGCAAGAGAGCUGUUAACAUGGUAUCCGUCUCAUCUCGCGGAUAUGCUUCUGAAGCUUCUCCAGAAGACUACGGAUACUAUCCAGAUCCAUUGGAACAUGCCACCGGACGUGAAAAGAAAAUGCUUCUUGCUCGUUUGGCUGGAGACGAUAGAUACGAACCAAAAGUUUAUUAUCGUGCUGAAGCUUCGACAAAGGAAAAGCCCAACUUGGUUCCUACCCACUAUCCAGACAGAAUCAUCGGAUGCAUGUGCGAACCUGAUUCUGGACAUGUAAACUUCAUGACUAUCCGUAUGGGAACUCCAAAACGCUGUGAGUGCGGACAUUGGUUCAAGGCUGUCGAUGCUGAUCCAGAAUCCAUCUAA